CUUAACUCCUCCUCCGAGGCAAAAACACACAGUAGUUCCCAAACCCCAAACAGUGAAAAUUACCAAACCGGUGGCCCUAGCUUCAGAUCAGACUAUGGCUUCUCUGGACACAGACGUCACUAUGGUGCCAGCCGGCGAGGGUUCGAGCGGCGCUGGGCCGUCUUCUUCAAAAGCCUCAACCUCUUCAUCGGCCAAAAAGGCCAAGCGAUUCGAGAUCAAGAAGUGGAACGCCGUCGCUCUUUGGGCUUGGGAUAUUGUUGUGGAUAACUGUGCGAUCUGUAGGAACCAUAUCAUGGAUCUCUGUAUUGAAUGUCAAGCUAAUCAAGCCAGUGCCACUAGUGAGGAAUGUACGGUUGCUUGGGGGGUUUGCAACCAUGCAUUCCACUUCCACUGCAUUAGCCGAUGGCUCAAGACUCGCCAAGUGUGCCCAUUAGAUAACAGUGAGUGGGAGUUUCAGAAGUAUGGUCACUAGAACCUGCACAAUCAAACAACUGGGUCCCGUCUCUUUCUGCAUUGGUGACUUUUUCAGUGGAAGACUUGCACUAUGUCUUCAGCUAUAACCCUUGAAUGUUUCCAUAUGCAAAUAUUGUCUUAUAAUAGUAUGAUGUUUUGUAUCAUUUUCUUGAACAUUAUGCACUAGUCCAGUUGCUUUACCUGCAAACAGUUUGAAUGGGUAUCUGUUGAAUUUCUUUUCUAAAUGCUUGCUAUUUCCUGUGUCAUGCUUGGAAUUCGGUUCUUUUCAGCCAAAAGAUCCCCCUGGAAUUAUAGGGUUGGUCCGCAAUUGAGCAACACUGAUUGUAUGCUGCAGAAGAUGGAAGAAUGUCUGCUGUUUUUCACCAUUUUUGGAGUGGAACAGAACAUCAUUAUCAUGGGGGUAAGACUUGAACUCAUGUGGUUUGUGCGAGGGAAUCCCUUCCUUCGACAAACCAACCAUGAGAAGUGGUGGUCGUGGCUUUUUCUGUCACAAAGACGACCAGAAUGACAAAAUUCACGGAAAGCUCACCCUACAAUAAUGGUAGGCACUGUUUUCUUGACCUCAGAUGUCAAUGGAGGCUUAACUGAAGCCGGCAUGCUCUAAUCUCCAUGGCUGGUUCCAUAUAAUUUGUUAUUAAUCACCACCUUAAAAAACUUAUAUUUCUUGUAGCAUAUGGACUAUGAGGUUCAUCCUUUGUCUUCUUAUUUGAGUGUCAUCUAUGCAUCAUUGGG